AUGCUUUCUAGGCUGCGUGCGCAGAUAAGCUCUGGGAUCUGGAGAAGGUAGAGACAUAUGCAGGUAGCAAACAAGACACAAUUGAAAUUGGAGCAAGAGAAAGGGGCGGCUUUGUGUUUGUUGAAGUGUGUGGUUUGUGUUCUUGCGAGUGUGUUUGCGAGCCUACUUUUACUCCCUGAGCAGUGACCGGAGCAGCGAGCCUCCCCGUCCAAGCACUUGGAAACCGGAGCGAGGCGAGGAGGAAAGAGAAGAGGAUGGGAUGGGAAAGAAAGGGGAGCGGUGCGAUGGGGGAAAAAGAAAAAGGAUGGAGCGCAAAGAAAGGAAGGAGAGAAGAAGAGCGGACGCAGACAGAGAGAGGGAGAGAGAGGGAGACGGACGGACAGAGCGGCAGCACAUGGAACGGCAACAAAACGGGAAAAAAGAACUGACGAAUGAGUGGAACCGAACGAAAGGAGGAGAAGUGUUGGAUUGA